AUGGCUAACCUUACAAAACUCGAGUUCGUUGCCCUUGAUAUUUCAGACAAGAACUACCUAUCAUGGGUGCUAGAUGCUGAAAUCCAUCUUGAUGCUAUGGGUCUUGGAGAUACCAUUAAAGAAAAUAAUAAAGCAUUCAACCAAGAAAAUGCCAAGGCUAUGAUAUUCUUGCGUCAUCAUCUUGAUGAGGACCUGAAAAUUGAAUAUCUUACUAUUAAGAAUCAACUCGUUUUAUGGAAAAACUUGAAAGAAAGAGAAAAGAUUAGUGAUUCUGAUAAGCUGGAAAAGACGUUCUCCACUUUUCAUGCCUCGAAUAAUCGACCUACUGGCGCUGCACCACUCCCCGAAGUGAAUGAGGUGUAUGCCCACUACUCCAGGCGUGGAAAAGGUCGUGGCCCCGGUCGUGGUCAUGAUAAUAGUCGUGGUCGUGGUGGCUAUAAUGGUCAAAGAAGAAAUUAUUUUCCUGGUGUUAAUCACUCUUCAAAGAAAAAUCACCACCAAAAGGGUAAAAAGAAGGAUGAUAGGCAUGAAGUGCCGGAAGCACAUCGCUCAGAAAACAAAUGCUAUCGAUGUGGUGGAAGUGGACACUGA